AAAUGAAAUAUCCGUCUUCCCCAUCCUUUCCCCGCGACCCUCGCCCCUUUGUCGUCUCUCUACCUUUCCCUCGCCACCCUCCUUUCUCUCCUUGUCCUCUUUUCAACAUGCAGUGUGCAUGGCCAUUAGAGACUUGAGGUGAUUGGGAAUGGAAAACCUCACAGCCAGCGAAAUAGCCGGGUUUGGAGUCGGCGCGCUGCUGCUCUGCGCCACCAUCGCCGCCCCUAGAGUGGAUGCCUUCAUCUCCUCCUCUCAAAGAAGUUCUCUGGGAAUGUGCAAGAGAUGUGGUGAUCUGAGGAUGAUAGCUUGCUCACAAUGCAAAGGAGUGGGUUCGGUCAAAAAAGGAGGGCCCUUUGGUUUCAGCAUGCUUUAUGAUUUUUUUGAGCCACCUGGAGAUGGAAGUAUGCCAAAACAGUUGAUACCAUGUAAGAAAUGUCAAUCUAACGGGCGCAUGCAAUGUCCUGAUUGCUCCAGGUUUUCAUUAAUUUAUCAACGGAGUGACCCUGAAAGCUAAGGUCUUCUUCUUGUUCCUCUUAGACUUGUGAACAUCUACGCGUACUUUCUUCUCUCUAGAAAAAAUGUUCUAUGCUUUUUCAAUGUAUUACUAAGCUUAAACGUUUGUAGUUGAGCAACUCCAUUUAUGUUAUGGUAAAUUAUGUCUAACACAA